AUGACUUCUCCCGACAUCACUCUCUACACGGCCCAGACGCCCAAUGGAAUCAAGAUUUCAAUGGCGCUCGAGGAGCUUGGACUUCCUUACAAGGUCGAGAAAAUCGAUAUCUCGAAGAACACCCAGAAAGAACCCUGGUUCUUGGAAAUCAACCCCAACGGCCGCAUCCCCGCCUUGACCGAUACUUUCAGCGACGGCCAAAAGAUCCGUCUCUUCGAGUCCGGCAGUAUCCUGCAAUAUCUGGCCGAACAAUAUGACACCGAGCACAAGAUCUCGUUCCCCAAGGGCAGCCGGGAAUCCUACGAGAUGAACAACUGGCUCUUCUUCCAAAAUGCCGGCCUCGGUCCAAUGCAAGGCCAAGCGAACCACUUCUCGCGUUACGCCCCCGAGCACAUCGAGUACGGCGUGACCCGAUACGUCAAUGAGACGCGUCGCCUGUACGGUGUUUUGGACAAGCACCUCGCUCAGUCCAAGUCCGGUUACAUUGUCGGCGACCAUGUCUCCAUUGCUGAUAUUUCUCACUGGGGCUGGGUGGCUGCUGCUGGAUGGGCUGGUCUUGACAUUGAGGAAUUCCCGCACGUGAAGGCUUGGGAGGAGCGCAUGGCUCAGCGCGAGGGUACUGAGAAGGGUCGUCAUGUUCCUUCGAAGCACACAAUUAAGGAUCUGCUCAAGGAUAAGGCUGCUAUGGAGAAGCAUGCUGCUGAGUCGCGGUCGUGGAUUCAGCAGGGUAUGAAGGAGGAUGCAAAGAACAAAAUCUGA